CGCGUCAAAAUAAAAAAAUUGGGAAAUUUAGAAAUUUUCACACCGCGGCUUAGCAACCACGCCUCCUCUACCCCAAACAAAUAUGGCCGCCGCAAAAUGAGAUUUGCAAAGAUUUUCUCCUGGAUUGUCGCCCUUUUAAAGUUUAUAAAGAGAUGUAUUUGUGGGCGAAAGAAAAUCAAAGACGAAGAUGACAAUACGAAAGCCCCGAGUAGCGUUUUAGUUCAACAAUCGGCUGAAAAACUGGAGGUAAACAUGCCUUUGUAUAAACUGUGUUUUUCGAGUGUCUGUAUGGAGUGCUGACGUCACUGUAUUGUACAUUGCAUAUAUUUGAUUAAAGAUCAACCAAAUACAAUUGUAUGGAGCAUUUCUAAAAUAAAUAUCAAACACAGCUGGCCUGUAUCAGACAAUACAGCCCAGGUUGAAAUCUGUGCAUUUGCUUGUGGAUAUUUCAGAACCAUCCCGAGAGAUAUGAAAAAAUAGUUUCAUAUUUUUCUGACACUGCAGAAGACAAAAAAUGUGUUGUCUCGAGUGGUAUUUGAACUCAUAUCUUCAUGUUUCUAUACCGCCGCUCUAGCCAUUGAGCUAUCGAGUCAACAGGAUUGGUAGCAAAUCUUAUCCAAUUUCGUCGCUAACUAUAAAUUGUGCACUUAAAUCAGAUAAGACUUGCCACCAAUCAUGUUUAAUUCAAAUGUAUGUGCCCUCUGUCUAACACCAGAUGAUUUUAUUAGAUGGGUUAAUUCAAACUGCUAUUGUUAACCCUUUGAGUGCCAGCGCUCUCCCCUUGACAAAUAAAAUCAUCGGCAUGUAGUAAAACACUGACUACCGGAACACCACCGGAACACCACCAGAACACCGGAACACCACCACUUUGUUUGGGGUUAGGGUUUGGGGUUAGGGGUUGGGGUUAGGUAGUGUUCCGGUGUUCUGGUGGUGUUCCGGUGUUCCGGUGUUCCGGUAGUCAGUGUUUUACUACAUGCCAAAAUCAUCUGGUGUUAGACAGAAUAAAAUAAUAAAGUAGGGCACAAUUGCAACUUAAUCGGUUAACUAGACACAUGGGCAAGAUAGUCUGAUCAUAGAGUCAUUGAACACCAGUGCUCUCCUCUUGACGAGUAAAAUCAUCUGGCAUUAGACAGAGUAAAAUAAUAAAAUAGGGUGCAUUGGGGUGCAAUGCAACUUAAUGGGUUAAUCCAUUAAUAAACCACAAUAAAAUGUUGUCUUCUCUCCAGGAAGAGGAACUUGCUUCGUGGGACGACUGGGGUAAAAAUGAUUCUGGUCUUGUUAGUAUAAAAGUCGAGUCUCCAAAUGAACAGUCAGAACAGCAACAAGAAGAAAUUGAUCUCUUUGGUGACAUGCAACCUGUCUUUCAAAAACCCAAAAAGGUUUGAAGUCAUUGUAGAUCAGCAAUGCUAUUUUUUACUACUGUAAUAAUUAAUACAUUGUUCUUUUAGAUUCGUUUGAAAACGAGAGCUCCCGAGGCUAACAAUUUUAACCAACCAUCAGAUAGACUUAAAUUUGAUUCUUUUACUAGCAUACCAGAGGUAAGUUAAGCUCUUUCUCAAGAAACAAGUCACUCCAAGGAGCAAGUCACUCAAGGAGCAAAGUCCUGAAAAAGCAUGGCUGUGUUCAAUUGUCAUAUUUUCAGAUUGCAAUGACGACUACCAGACUGUAAAGUUUUGCCUUUGGAGGAAAUUUAUUCCCAACACAAAAAUUCUUACAAUAUGUCAAUCAAUCUGAACAAAAUUUUUAAAUUGCAAGAAAAACCUGCAAAUAAUUUCUCAACAAUCUGCACACUAAAAUGGCUUUGUGAACCAAGAACCAAGCUCAGAUUUUUGAUCUUCCUAUUUGACAAAAAUACUUUCUGGCUGCAGCAUCCCUUAGUCUGCCAUAAAUUUUCUGUGAAAAUAGCUGACAAUUCCCAAGGAAAAAAUAUGAUUUUUGGUAUGUGUAAUAUUUGGGUCAUUCAAAGAAGAAAUGUAAUAUAUCUUUAUAGUAAAAAAUCUCAUCUUGAUCAACUUUUUCACUGUAAAGUUUCCUGAUAUGAUGUCAUUAGGUGUAUUGCAAGCCUGAAAAUAAGCGGCCGGUCACGGACAUUGUCCGGUACGAAAAGGUAAUUGUCCGGCACAACUGUUUCCUUGCCGGACAGUUUGUCUGGCAGCAUGCACAUUAAUAUACUAUUGGUGAAACUGGCACUAUUAAAAAAUUCAUUAUAUAUUUCUAAAUAUUUGCAUUCCACAUUUAAAAAUUAUGUGAAUUCAAAUUUCAUCGCGUAUGAAUAUUAAGACAAUAUGCCUGUGAAAUGCUGUGAAAUUUAUGUUCCGUUUUAUAUUCCGUAUGAUAUAAUUGACUAGCUGUAGUGGCUUUAAAAUUGUUGUGACUAAGCUUUUCAUUGGCUUCUUUUAUUUCAAGGACCACUAAAAACUAUAGUUGCUCUGUUGCAGUAAUAUUUUUGUCAGGCACAAAAUGUCCAGUGCCAGCCACCAAUCAGUUGAUACCUGACACUUUGUCAGGCACCGUUGGAAAUUUAUUUUCAGGCUUGGUGUAUUGUAAAUUAGUUUUCUUUUGUUUGUUGUACCAAAAAUUCACCUAAUGACAUCAUAUCUGGAACUUUGACAGUGAAAAAGUUGAUCAAGAUGGGGGUUUUUUUGGAAUGACCGAAUGACCCAAAUGUUACACCUACCAUUAUAUUUUGGGUUGGCUAGUCGCACUUAAAGCCACCUUAUUCGAACAUACUCGGCAUUGACAAAGUUCUGCUACGUUUUCAGACUGAACUUGGGACGUGGAGUGAAGAGCCUGAUGCCUGGGAUGAAAUGCCCGAUCAGGAUGUAGAAUGGGAAACACAGAACGUGCUUAAAGAAAAACGUCAGGCUGAACGUGAAAAACGCGCACUGGAACAGCAAAAACGCAAGGGGGAGCGAGACGCUGCAAGACUGUCCGCGAAAAAAAUUGCCGGCAAUUUAGGAAUAAAGAUUACUCAAUAGUGUCUUAGUGAAGUUUUUAAAUUUCAAUGUAUGGGUGAAUGUUAAGUGUAGAUAGUGAACAAAUUUCAAC